CUGCACACCUUGCAGAUAUUAUAUAAGCUUACAAUCAACGUGCUAACUCAGUCUGCUGUAAGGAUCUACAAAAUUUGAUUUGGUUCCAAUCUGCACAAUGAGGACAGAACUGUGUUCGUGGGCCUUCUGGAGGGCCGUAUUUGCCGAAUUCCUGGGUACUAUGAUCUUUGUCUUCUUUGGACUGGGCUCUGCUCUACGAUGGCCAGCUGCUCUGCCAACAGUGCUUCAGAUUGCAUUGGCCUUUGGCUUUGCCAUAGGUACAAUUGUCCAGACAAUAGGUCCCAUUAGUGGAGCACACAUCAAUCCUGCUGUCUCAAUUGCCUGCCUUAUUGCAUCUCAGAUUUCCAUAUGGAGAACUAUUUUCUACAUCAUUGCCCAGAUUGUAGGAGGAAUAGCUGGUGCUGGAAUACUCUAUGGUGUGGUUCCACCAAAUAUCCGAGGAAACCUUGCUAUCAACACUCUCAGUAACAACACAACUGCUGGACUGGCUUUCGUUGUGGAGAUGAUUAUUACUUUUACACUGAUUAUGUGCAUCUUUGCUUCCACUGACAAUCGCCGAAGUGAUCAUGUAGGCUCUCCAUCUAUAUCCAUUGGGCUUGCUAUCACAUUGGGCCAUCUCGUAGGGAUAUACUUCACUGGUUGCUCAAUGAAUCCGGCUAGGUCUUUUGCUCCAGCAGUAAUAGUGAGAAUCUUCCGAAAUCAAUGGGUCUUCUGGAUUGGACCAAUAACUGGAGGUAUUAUAGCGGCCUUCAUGUACUAUUAUGUGCUCUAUCCGUUACCGAGAACGGCGUCACAGAGGCGGGCUAUUUUCCUCGGGACAUAUGACCCUUCAUCAGGAUGGAGUGAGGAUCUUGAACAGCACAAGAGAAACUCUUUGGAAUGUCCUGACCGUGUAAAUAAGCCAUUCUCUAUGUAACAAGAAUGCUAGAACUUGCAAUAACAAAUGGACAUGUCUUAGUGUAUCUAAGAAGGGCCCAAUGUAUCAAUUAAGAGUCUCUUGUCUUUCUGAGGCAACCCUCAGGGGUGCCGAAAGAGGGGAAGCAGGUACAAAGGGGUGUCCAGGGACCCAGACUGCUGAGGUGCACAGUCAUACCUCCAAGACUGAGUGAUCAUAUUUCCUUCAGCAAUUAAAAUGGGCUCCGGUAUUCCAAUUGGGACUUGGUCUUUCUACCACAUUCUUGCUCUUGUGCCCCUAGCACUGGGACGUGACUGAUCUCCCAGCGGCCCCUGAUAUCCUAUAUUACUUCUAUGUUGUUAUGCUAGAACAUACAGAUCGGUCCUCCCUCCCUCAUCUAUCCUGCAAUGCGUUUGCAUGUGUGCAUGCAUCGUGACAGCGGCUAUUCACCCCUCGCGAUCACACAAUGUAUUCUCUAUGGAUCGCAGGUGCGACUAUUCGUAUGUGCCCAUGAACGUACACACUAAUCAUGGCAAGGAAGCGGUGGUCAUAUCUGUAGCGCAGAAUAUGCUAGGUAUUGUAUUGCUGAGGGUUAUUACUUAAACAUUUUAAAAAACAUCUAGCAUAAGGAGCCUACUAUAUCUAUAGAUAUACUGUAGGUCAUAUGAUCAUAUGGGAUAAUGUAUGGGUUAACCCAAUAAUUGUGUAAUAGCAUAUUAUGAGCUACAUGUUUUGGCAUAGAGGGACUCUGGGAUAUAAGAAGGUUUAAAGCCCAUUUGCAAUACCGCAAACAUUUUUUACUGUUAUUAUUCAGUGUACAGUUAGAUUUUAAAAAUAUUAUAUAUAUUAUAUAAAUACUACAUGUACUGUGCGGGAUCCAGGCUAAAUGCUGACAUACAUUAGAAUUACAGUCAUUAGGUUGACCCCAUAUGAUCGACAUGGACAAAAUGUCGACAUAUGAAAGGUCGACACUGGAAAAGGUUGACAGGUUCAAAAUGUCAACAUAUUCAUAUUGCUGACAUGACAAUGGUUUUUGUUUUAUUCAUAUUUUUGACUUUUUCCUUCUUUGACUAUCCAUGUCACAAAUCAUAACCUCUAGUAACCUUGUGGCGAGCGGAGCAAGACACCAUGGGGGUCAUUCCGAGUUGAUCGUAGCUGUGCUAAAUUUAGCACAGCUACGAUCUUCUUCCCUGACAUGUGGGGGGACGCCCAGCACAGGGCUAGCCCACCCCGCAUGUCAGUCCAGCCACCCUCACAGAAGUGCAAAGGCAUCGCACAGCGGCGAUGCCUUUGCACUUCAAGAGUAGCUCCCGGCCAUCGCAGCUUUAGUGUGCUGGCCGGGAGCUACUCAUCGCUCCCCUGCCUGCAGCAGCUGCGUGUGAGGUCACGCAGCCGCUGCGGCCCGCCCCCCGUUCGGUCCGGCCACGCCUGUGUUGGCCAGACCAAACCCACGAAACGCCGGCCAAACGCUGCCGUUCCGCCCCCUCCCACCCAGCGUUCGCCUCUGCCUGUCAAUCAAGCAGAGGAGAUCGCAUGCCUGCUACGGCCUUCUGCCGUCUGGCAUGCGCCAGCGCACUACGGCGCUGUUGCAUGCGCAGCAGGGACCCGUUCGCUCUGCUGCGUUAAAACGCAGCAAGCGAAUGGGUCAAUCAAUGUCCCCCUAUGCCCGAAGCGUGGCGAGCAAAGCACGCAUGCAAGGGUACGCGUAUGUACAAAAAGUGGUCCCAGAUGAAAAAACUAUCCACACUAAACCCCCCCCCCCAAAAAAAAAGUGUGUCGACAAUUUUUGGAUCGACCAUUGUCAUGUUGAUCUUUUGACCCUGUCGACAUUUUGUCCAUGUCGACCUUUCCAGUGUUGACCUUUCAUAUGUUGACCUUUUGUCCGUGUCAACCUUGAGCCUGUCGACCAUAUGUGGUCGAUCUAACGACUGUAGAGCUAAUGAAUGUAGAUCUUCUAUACCCGUACACCCGUACUGUGCAAUGCUCUUAUUUCUGCUGCCUAAUAUUCUAUUAUGUUAUUUUUAUGUAUCAUAUACAUUUGCACUGUUAUAACUGCAUUUAUGUGGAUUGUGAGAUUUUACAAUAUAAUAUAUUAAAUUUUUAUUGGUUUGA